AUACAUGCUUUAUUUGUGAAGGGCGUUCACGCUACUAUUGCUAUUGCUGUCCAUGGCACACCUUCUGCCAAGGUUGCGUGUCACAGGCAGAAUUCGUUCCAGUCCUGAGGAAGACAAAGGGAUUCUGCAUUAACUGUUUAAGGAUGACAAUCAUGAUUGAGAAGAAUGUUGAUGUUGACUCUGAUGGGGAGAGGGCCGAUUUCAAUGACAGGGCAACUUAUGAAUUUCUAUUCAAGGAGUAUUGGGAGAUAGUUAGAGACAAGGAGGGCAUGACUCUGGAUAAACUUGAAGAAGCAUAUGCUAUUCUGAAAAGAGGCCAAAACUGCAAACCAGAUCCAGAUUUAGAAAAACUUCCUGAUGAAGAGCGUAAUUCAGAUGCUGAGUUUGUGGGCCACAGUGAUGAUAGUGAUGAAGAGCUGUCUUCCCGAGCCAAAUUAAAUGGAAUGACAAUGAAAAUAAAAUCUUUCCGGAAGGGAGCUAAGUCAAUGAGGAAUGGCUUUGUAGGCUGGGGUUCGAAAGAACUCAUUGAAUUCCUUUCGUCAAUCGGGAAAGAUACAUCAGAAACUCUAGAUCAAUAUGGUGUUGCUGAUGUUGUGAAGAACUACAUUCGACAAAAUGAUCUAUUGCAAAAAGAUAAGAAAAAACUUGUCAUAUGUGAUGAAAAGCUCCAGCCUUUGUUUAGGAAAUCAAAAGUGAGGUACAACAAGAUACAUUACUUGCUAGAAAGGCAUAUUGCUGCGAACAUGAUAUUGGAGGAUGAAGCCCUUGCUAGUUCUGAGGAUAACCGUGAUUCAGUUAUGACAAAGAAAGCACGUAUUGCAAGCUAUCAGCCCAGUGCCCCGAAGUGUACUCCAGAAAUAAACAAGAGAUGUUUUGCUUCUCUUGUUUGUGAUAACAUUAAUCUAAUCUAUUUGAGGAGAUCAUUAGUUGUGCACCUACUUAAGGAGCCAGAUACAUUUGAAAGUAAAGUUAUUGGCUGUUUUGUUAGAAUAAAGAAUGACCGCAAAGAUUAUAGUUUCCACAUGCAUAAAAAGUUGUACCAGCUUGGACAAGUAACAGGCAUUAGGAAAACCACUGAAGAAGACAAGAUAAAAGACAUUUCAAAUGUUCUUUUAUGUAUUUUCAACAUGCCUGACAUCAGCAUUUCGAUGUUGUCAGAUGAAGACUUUGAUGAGGAAGAAUGUCAAGAUCUUCAUUUGCUGGCCCAGAAUAAAUCCUUUAAAAGGUAUACUGUGGGUGAUCUUGAGGAGAAAGCAAGGAGUUUACGCAGGGACAUAAUGAGUCAUUGGAUUAAUCGAGAGCUUCAGAGACUGGAUAGAUUGAUUGACAUGGCGAACGAGAAAGGUUGGAGAAAGGCUAAGGAUGAAUACCUGGAUAAGAAACAGCUCUUACGCAAACCAUCAGAACAACAACGUUUACUUGAAGAGGUCCCACGAGUUAUUCCGGAGAUGGAAGAUAGUAAAGAUACUGAAGUUCAAGUUACAACAAGAGACCGGUCUACUAAGAAGAGUACUGUCGCUUUUCAAGGUACCAAUGGGACAAGAGCAUCAUUUUUUAAGAGUACUGCAGAAGAAAAAUUCAAAGGUACUGGUGGGGAGAGAGAGCUUUCCUUGAAAAGUUUGUCAGAAGAAAAAUCUGAAGCUACUAACGCCAACACUGAUGGUGGUACAUCUGUAACACAUACUCAGAAACCAGGCACUGAAGCCAAUAAUGUAUGUGGUAUUCCAUCUGUUCAAAACCUGGACAAUAAUGCAGCCGAUAAAGGUGCUGAAGUGAGUGUUGACGGUGAUACAGCUGGAGCAAUUGUUCAAAGGCAGAGCAUUGAAGCUACUGAUGUUAUUACCAUUGAUGAUGAUGAUGAUGAUCACCCGUGUGAGAAAAGUGGACAAGCAACAGUUGAUCUAGAUGCUGAUGACGCUGGGGAUACUCAUCAUGCGGAACACAAGACAAAUAACAUAUCACGCAGAGGCCACAGAAACGUGAAGGUGAAGCGGGGAGCCUCACUGCACAUGCGCAUGUGGCAUUACAUCGAUCCUCAGGGCGAUGAGCAAGGGCCUUUUACGAUGGAGCACCUGCGCAAUUGGUGGAACAAUGGCUACUUCCGCGAUGAUUUCAGAGUCUGGAGGACAGGCCAAACUAGCGACACUGCCAUCAAGCUCAUAGAUGCUCUGCAGUUGAUUGACGAGGUAGUGGCAGUUACGGGGCCUCAUGUUGUAGAUGACUAGAUGUACUUAUGGAUAUAUCGCGGAAAAGGGGGGGGGGGGGGGGGGGGGGGGGGGAACUUCUUAGUUGUAAAUAUAUGUAGGGCUUUUGUAACAUGUAGCACCCUACCCUCACCCCAGCCCCACCAAUCCCAAAACUCAGUCACCAAGCAGAACCUAUGCUUUGCAUGAUCCUGCCAAGGUGUGGCCUAAUUUGGACCAUAUAAGCGGCCUCACCAUUUGGUCUAGGUGUAUUUUGUGCCCGGAAACUGCUGUAGAUGUCUGCACCCUGUAAACUUAGUGACAUCUGCUUGGCACAAAGCAGUUGCGAUCAGAUACCAUGGAUCUGUGUGCAUGAUGGACAAGGCUUUGCGUGGUGAUUUGAUGGGGAAAUUUGCUUUUGGUGGGAUCAAAGUAUUUCUGAAUUA